UGGUCUCCGCCUCGCCACUCCGCGACAUGCGCUGAUGACAUGGAAGAAGGUACGAGUCAGAGUCAUCCCCCGGCCCAAGGUCAUGGCACAGGGGAUGUUGAGUCCAUCCAUAUCCAGGACGGCGGAGGACUCUCGGAUGGGAGUUGGCUGUGCUGCUUGCCUUGCUCCUGGCUCCAGCGCAACACCAGUGUCCACAAAGCGUCUCUCAGUGUCGCGAUGCUCCUUGUCAUGUCGCUGCUGGUCGCCUCACCCGUCCUAUUCCUUAUCAGUAGCGCUCCCUCCGCGAACAAGAACACCCCGUGCAAAAAUCAGGACGACGACGUGACCUGUGGGACGCGGGUGAAGACCUGUGGCAGCACCGCAUGUCGGGACGCUGGGGCUCGUAUGGAGUCCUCUCUCACUUGGAAGGUCGACCCCUGUAAGGACUUUUACCGGUUCGCCUGUGGCGGCUGGGGUCGACGUCACGGUCUUUACGCGCAACAGGCUCACGUCGACGCCGAGAUACGCCAUCUGUUGGAAGAGCGGACAAGAACUGGAACUUUCAAGAAACUUGGGGAUUUCUACAGAAGCUGUCUAAACGCUGGUGACAAAACCAUUGUUACUCCAAUGUUCUCCCUACUGGACGACCUGGGAGGGUAUCUACCCCCGGACAGUUCUGGGACUCCAAGCUUGAGCGUCCUCCUCGCCCGUCUCCUCAGGGUAAAUGGCGCUCCCCUCUUCGACCUCUACAUAGACCGUGACCUGCAGAACAACUCGAGGCUUGCCAUAUUCCUCGAUCUGCCGCGACGGUAUGAACACACUAUGAGGUUGCUCAAAUAUCCGGAACAGGUUAUAUUCUCGAAUCCUGAAUGGCACGAGAUGCGGCGGCGUCACAAGAGAAGGGCGGAUCAGAGUAGAGCUUAUGUUCACCUUAAGGAUAUUUCGGAGGAGAGACGGCUGACAGCUAUGGAACAUCUCUUGAAGACAUUUCUGCCAGCAACUAUGCCACCAGAACAUCAGAAGAAAGAAGCUCACAACAUGCUUCUGUUCGCCUCAAUGCUAACAAAGUUGUACCCACGAGCCAAAGAGUUAGCCCACAGACUCCAGCAGCAGGAUUCUUACCUAAGCAGCACUUUUCCGGAGUUGCAGAGCCUCUAUGAUUUUGUCCAGUGGAAACCCCUGCUGCAGGAAGUGUUCAGUACGACGGUAUACUCCUCGGACACUGUGUACGUGAUGGCUCCUAACUACAUGGCCGGCCUCACUCGCACUCUGGCCCACUUCCAGCCCAGAAUAAUCCACAACACGCUGCUGCUCAUUUUUGCCACUGACAUCCUGAACGAGCUGGUCAACUCGACACUGAGCGAUAACGACCGUCCAUCGUUUUGUAUGAAGGUCUGCAUGAACGUGAUGAGCCAACCGGUCAGUGCCUUGUACGUGACGCAGUAUACUCCGCAAUACCUACAUCAUCUCAGUGUCAGGGUUCGUGACAUGUUUAACAAACUAAGAAGGACAUUGGAGAACAGAAUAAAGACUCUGUCGUGGCUCGAUGACAUGUCCAGGACUGCUGCCCUGCGGAAGGUGGCAGCGCUCAGAGGUCACUUCCUCACAUGGCCACAGCUCUGGAACCAGACGUACCUCACAGCCCUCAUGGACCAAAUGGAUGUGACUGAACACGAUUUCUUCCACAACGUAAUCACAAGGUACAAACAGAUCAGGACUCCACCGGGGGACUUCCAUAAGGAGCAACCAUCUGAUAAAAAAUGGGCUUUCCCUUUUGUUGUAAACGCUUUCUACGACGUCACACUCAACAGUAUAGUGAUACCGCUAGCCGUGUUGACGCAACCUUACUUCAACAAGGACGUGCCCUUGUACAUCCCGUACGCCACGAUGGGUCUGGUAUUCAGCCACGAGAUGUUACACGGGUUCGACCUGUUGGGGGUGGAUUACGGAGAGACCGGAUUGCGCAGUCCCUGGAUGACACCGGAGGCUAGGCUUCGGCUGGAGGCCAGGCUGGAGUGUGUGGCAAAGCAGUAUCGAGCAGCGUUCCAGCACAAGGUCCAGUUCAUGGGAGAUCUGGUCGAUGUACAGUUCGACUGGAACAUUACCCGGAAUGAGAACAUGGCUGAUGUGAGUGGCCUGCAGAUCGCCUACGAGACGUGGCGGAGUCUCCCGGACCACAUGGGCGACUUCCGACUGCCAGGACUGACGGCACUCAGUCCCACGCAGUUGUUCCUCUUACAAGCUGGACAGGUGUACUGCAGUGAUAUGUCGGCGGAGGAUUACAUCAUUCUUGUGGAGAAAGACUUUCAUACACCUCCCCCCGAAAGGGUGAAUGGAAUUAUGAUGAACUUUCCGCCUUUCUCGGAAGCGUUUAGUUGUAGUCCAGGUACUAAUAUGAAUCCAUUCAGAAAAUGUUCAAUUUAUUAAAAAAUUAACUAUUGCAAACUGCAUAAGUUGUUUGUGAAACUCUUUUAAUUUGGCGGUAUAUUUUCGAUUGUUAAAGUGAAAAACCAUUAAAUAUUAGCUGUAUGAAGUAGGUAUGUUACAAUGUUUUGUAAUUUAAUAAAUUGAAGAUUAAUUAUUGUUUUCGAAUUAUGAAUUCCAGUGUAAAUAAAACAGAUUAAGCUUAUAAAUGAAAUGUUAUACAUUUGUAAUGUAUUCUUUAUAAUGAAAAAAUUUAUAUUCUUAAUUAAGGAAUCUCGAAGAACAAAUGCAUCGCUCAAGCAGUUCAAAGUUUAAUAAAAAUAUGAAAAAUAUUGACUUUAAUAACUAUUUAAAAAUUACUAUAUUGAAUAAAAUCCGCAUUUUACGUAUAGUCAAACUAAUUGUAGUAAUAAUAUUACUACAAUUAGGCAGUCCGUAAGUUAUUUAAUUAAUUAUUUAAAGAAAAUGUUUUCGAAAUUUCUUAAGAAUAUAUACACAUUUUGAAUAAUCAUAUGAGUUUUCUAAACUUCUAUGAUUGUUUGUUGUUAGUGACAAUUAAAAAUAUUAAUUUUGUAACGCAGCUGAUUUACCAUUUCUAUAAUGUAAUCUCUAAUAAACUUGGGGAACUUGGCUGUGUGUCUUUCAACUGAUCACACUAUGAAAGCUUUUAAAUGUUAGUACUGGAGGCAAAACUUUUUAAAGGUUUAACACUUUUCAAAAUAAAUAACUAUUGAAUGAAUAUAGAAUAAAUAUAAAGAGCAUGAAAUAUGUGAAAAACAUAUGUAUGGAUGAAGAAUAUAAUCUGUAUAUAGAUGGCAAAAAUGUCGGUGAACAUUUGUCUAUAAAGACAUUGUAUAAAGACACAUACACACACACACACAUAUGUUAUUUUGUGUAAAUCCCUAAUGAUAUAUAUA